UGAAAAAGUUUUGUUUUUUCUCUUUUGUAAAACCAAACCAACAUGAGAAACAUGGUCAGAACCGACAUCAGACUUCCAUCUGGCAAUUGAUUGACCUAUUUGGUGUCUCUUGGUGGCUAUUUUUGUCCCUCUCACUCUCAACUGCAUUUUCCACCUCAGAAUACCACUUUUUCAAGCUUUGUUCUUAUGCUCACCACUUAGGUUUCAACCAACAAUAACAACCGUUCAUCUUAUAAUGCUUUGCCCCAAUUCAGAAGCAGAGAAUUCAUUCCCUUUCUAAUUAAAUUAAUUAACAUUUUCUUUCUAAUAUUUCAGAAAAAAAAAACUGAAUUAACUGAAAGGCACUCUGCACUUUGUUGGGUGGUGAAAUGGCCAUGAUGAACACAUGUUUGAUGUGUCAUGAGUCAUUAGCACUAACUUUGUUGUCUUCAUCAAUGAAUACACAUGAAACAUAAACAUAUGGUGCUAAUUAACAAUUGCCUAUGUGGGACUGUUUGGUAUUAAAUCCUCACACACAGUGGGAAUCUUUGCCCUUUAAGCAACCUUUGCUCCAAGCUAUUCUGAAACUCUUCCUUCUUCUUCCCUUUGCCAAAUUCUUCUCUUCAAAAUUCUCAAACUUCAUCUUCUACCCUUCUGUUCAAUUCUAUCUUUCUUCUUCAGCUCCAAAACAUGGCUAUCACACAUGCUGACCUUCAACCCAGCAGAAGGAAAACAGAUUUGAGUAGCAAAACCGGUGCCUUUCUUAUGGUUCUCACCAUACUGAUUGGCCUCUUCUGCUUCAUCCUAUGUCUCAUAGCAGAAGCCACACGUUCUGAGGUGACAUGGAUGAACACAGGUGGAAAAGAAAACGGAGCCAAAUCAGAAUGUGUUUAUAGUGGUAGUGGGAAAGUGCCAUUACUAUGUGCUGUUUCUGCUUUUGUUGGACUUGCCUUUGCCAUGGUCACACAACACACUUACAUGUUGAUAGCACUCAGUAAAUCAUCACCUUCUUUGCUUACCUGGGACCCUGAUUCUCCCUCUGCCAAGUCCCUAACAUGGCAAGCAGCUUUUUUCUUUGUUACAACUUGGAUUUGUUUUGGAGUUGCGGAGAUUUUAUUGUUGGCAGCACUGAGUGUAGAGUCAGGCCAUCUGAAGAAUUGGUCGAAGGCAAGAACAGGUUGCUACAGCAUCAGAGAAGGGUUGUUUUCUGCUGCAGGGGUGUUGGCUUUGACCACAGUUUUCUUGGCUGCUGGUUUAUACUUAACAGCACUACGUGCACAGAAAAUGGCAGAGGAAGAAGCCAUUGUAAGAAGAGAGGUUCUAGAAACCUCUGCCUUGUAUGCUUCUCCACCAAGAUCACCCCAACCACAGUACAUGUCAACCGUUGCAAGGGAGAACCCCACAAGCAGAGAGAACCAGAAUGAGCUUCUCUUAUCUGUGUUUCCCACUCCAUUUGUUAAAGGUUAUGACUUUGUUUGAAUCAGAAAAAGGGCAGAGAGAAAGUGGGGUUAGGAAUUUUAGUUUUACACAACUCAAAGGGUUGAAAUUCAUUUCAUUCUGUAAAUAACUUCAGAAUACAGAUAAAAAGAAAAAAACAAAAGCUUAUAAUCAUUUCAUUGUUUGAUAUUAUCUUUCUUCAUUGGUGUAAAUAAGGUGCUACAAUUCUUCUGGUAUCUAAUCAUUGCGUCGUCUGUUUGGUAAAGAAUCUAUAGUAAAUUAUGCAGAAUGUGCCAGAAAAAAAGGCCACAUUUAAGUGCUUCUUAUUUAGU